AUGUCCCACAGCUCCACCGUGGCCAAGUCCUUCCGCGGCCUGCUCGCCGUGCUGGCGCUGUCGUUCCACGCCGUGUUCGAGGGCCUGGCGGUGGGGCUGGAGACGAGCGUGUCCAACGUGUGGUACCUGUUCGCCGCCAUCGCCACGCACAAGCUGGUGAUCGCCUUCUGCGUGGGCGUGGAGCUGGUGGGGUCGCGCACGCGGCUGGCGCUGCUGUUGGUGUACGUGGCGACGUUCGCGGCGGUGACGCCCCUGGGCAUCGGCGUGGGCAUCGCGCUGAGCGGCGCCGAGGCGGAGGCGUCGCAGAACGUGGCGACGGUCGUGCUGCAGGGCAUGGCCGCCGGCACGCUCCUCUACGUCGUGUUCUUCGAGGUGCUGCAGCGGGAGCGCGCCAACACGCAGGCCGGCAUCUGGCAGCUCACCGCCAUCGUGGCCGGCUUCGCCGUCAUGUUCGCACUGCAAAUCGCAAAAGAAGAAGAAGAAGAAGAAGAAGAAGAAGAAGAAGAAGAAGAAGAAGAAGAAGAAGAAAGAAAGAAAGAAUGA